AUGGAGGCUUGCGGCCACUCCCUCCUUUUCCUCUUUCUCCUGCUUUGUUUCUCUUCCCUCUCUUAUGUUUUUUCAGCCCUCUCUAAUGUCGAGGCUGCCUCCAUCAUACACCGUCAGCUUCUGGCCCUCUCGAAGAAGGAAGACCUUUCCGACGACUUUGAGAUCGACGUCAACAUCGCCAAUCCCCGCCUCCAUCGCGCCUACAUUGCUUUGAGGGCAUGGAAAAAGGCCAUGUACUCUGACCCCUACAACUUUACCGAUAACUGGAUCGGUCCCGACGUGUGCAGUUAUCAUGGUGUCUUCUGCACCACAGCACCUGAUGACCCCUCAAUCAAUGUCGUUGCCGGGGUUGACCUUAACAGUGCCGAUAUUGCCGGGUACCUCCCUGCAGAGCUUGGCCAUUUGACCGAUGCCGCCCUCCUCCACAUCAACUCCAAUCGCUUCUGCGGCAUCAUCCCCCAAAACAUCUCUCAUCUCAAACUCCUCUAUGAGUUCGAUGUUAGUAACAAUCGCUUCGUCGGCCCGUUCCCGGACGUUGUCCUUCGCCUACCAUCGCUUAAGUACCUCGACCUUCGGUUCAAUGACUUCGAAGGAGCAUUGCCGUCGGCACUCUUCGAUAAGGAGCUCGACGCUAUAUUCUUGAAUGACAACCAUUUCAGCUCUCAAAUGCCUUAUAAUUUUGGCAACUCCAAAGCCUCCGUCAUCGUCAUCGCCAACAACAAGAUCCGUGGCUGCAUUCCAAAUAGCAUCGGCAAGAUGGCGGCCACCCUCAACGAGCUUGUUCUGAUGAACAAUGUGCUUAGUGGAUGUUUGCCGCCGGAGAUUGGGCUGUUGAGAAAUGCGACGGUGGUGGACUUGAGCUGGAACUCUUUCGCUGGCGUGCUGUCGAAGAGCUUGGAGGGUCUGACGAAGGUGGAGCAGUUGGACGUGUCGCACAACAUGCUGACGGGCGUCGUCCCGGGGACGCUCUGCCGGAUGCCGAACCUCGUCAACUUCCACUUCUCGUACAACUUCUUCAAGGGCGAGGCGGAGGAGUGCGUGCCGAUGUCGACCAAGUCCACGGCGGUGGUCGAAGACAAGAGCAAUUGCCUGGCGGAUAGACCAGCACAGAAAUCCGCGAAGAUGUGUGCCCCGGUGGUGAGCCGCCCGGUCGAUUGCGGUCGCUCCAAAUGCGGGUCGUCUUCUCCGGUGAAACCGGUUCCAAAACCAUCCCCGGAGCCAUCGACCCCUCCAAGACCGCCACCGUCUCCUCCACAACCUCCACCGGUCCGCUCUCCACCACCUCCUUCGGUCCAUUCACCACCACCGCCGGUCCACUCUCUACCUCCUCCCGUUUAUUCACCACCAUCUCCAUCGUUCAAUUCACCACCACGUCCAAUUCACUCUCCUCCGCCUCCUGGCCACCACCACUCACUACCACCGCUACCUUCUCACUCCGAAGCCGUACCACCGAUAGGGGGAUUGAGCUAUGCGUCUCCACCUCCACCCUUCUACCCAGGAUACAAUUGA